CCGAACUCUGGCAGCGUCUUGGUGCCGAGGGGCAGCGGCGGAGAGGACCCCGUCCUGAUCUUCGUACGCUGGAAAAAAUAUCCGGGUGACGCUGGGUGGCCGACAUGAUGGCCCUGGGUCAGAGCCCCCUCGUGCCGCUGUUGGAGACUUUGGAAGACCCUUCUGCCUCCCAUGGAGAGCAGACUGACGCUUACCUAACUCUGACCAGUCGAAUGACUGGAGAAGAAGGAAAAGAAAUAAUUAUAGAAAUUGAGAAGAAACUUCCUCAGCUGUACAAGGUUUUAAAGACCCACAUUUCCAGUCAAAACUCAGAGCUGAGUAGUGCUGCUCUACAGGCCUUGGGGUUUUGCUUAUAUAAUCCGAAAAUUACCUCAGGAUUAUCAGAGGCAAAUAUUCAAGAACUGCUUUCAAAACUGAAUGAUAUUGUUAAGAGUUCAGACAAAAAUGUACGUACCAGGGCACUCUGGGUUAUAUCGAAGCAGACGUUUCCCACUGAAGUUGUUGGCAAAGUGGUGUCCAGUAUAAUUGAUUCAUUAGAAAUAGUAUUUAAUAAAGGAGAGAUGCAUUCUGCCAUUGUUGAUUUUGAAGCAAUAAAUGUUAUCAUAAGGCUAAUUGAGCAAACCCCAAUUCAGAUGGGAGAAGAGUCAGUGAGGUGGGCAAAACUAGUCAUACCUUUAGUGGUUCAUUCAGCACAGAAGGUACAUUUGCGGGGAGCGACUGCUCUAGAGAUGGGAAUGCCAUUGUUGCUUCAGAAACAACAAGAAAUAGCAUCUAUUACAGAGCAACUUAUGACUACUAAAUUGAUCUCGGAACUCCAAAAGCUAUUUAUGAGUAAAAAUGAGACUUAUGUCUUGAAAUUAUGGCCUUUGUUUGUCAAACUUCUUGGAAAGACCUUGCAUCGAAGUGGGAGUUUCAUCAAUUCUCUAUUACAGCUGGAAGAACUGGGGUUUCGUAGUGGAGCACCCAUGAUUAAAAAAAUAGCUUUCAUUGCUUGGAAGAGUUUAAUAGAUAAUUUUGCUUUAAAUCCAGAUAUACUGUGUAGUGCAAAAAGACUCAAGUUGUUAAUGCAGCCUUUGAGUUCCAUUCAUGUGAGGACAGAAACUCUAGCAUUAACAAAGCUAGAAGUCUGGUGGUAUUUACUGAUGAGACUUGGACCUCAUCUUCCUGCUAAUUUUGAACAGGUUUGUGUGCCUCUGAUUCAGAGCACAAUAAGCCUUGAAUCUAAUGCUUCUCCUCAAGGCAGUUCAUCUCGUGUGGCUACUUCUCAAGGUUUAAGUCCUAUGACUCCUAUACACAAAGGUGCUUCUCCAUAUGGAGCCCCUGUAACUCCCCGGAUGAAUUUGAGUUCGAGUUUAGGUGGAAUGGGCACAAUCCCUUCCAUUCAACUUUUGGGACUUGAGAUGUUGCUUCAUUUUUUGUUGGGUCCAGAAGUCUUGAGUUUUGCUAAGCAAAACAAAAUAGUACUCAGCUUAGAGCCACUGGAACAUCCGUUAAUCAGCAGCUCUUCUUUUUUUUCCAAACAUGCAAAUACGCUUAUCACUGCUGUUCAUGAUAGCUUUGUUGCAGUUGGAAAAGAUGCUUCUGAUGCUGUUGUCAGCGCUAUCUGGAAGGAGCUAAUUAGCUUGGUGAAGUCAGUUACUGAAUCAGGUAACAAAAGAGAGAGACCAGGUUCUGAAGUUUUGACCCUCAUACUGAAAUCUUUGGAAAGCAUAGUGAAGUCAGAAGUAUUUCCUGUAUCAAAAACACUGGUUCUCACGGAAAUUACAAUUAAAGGACUUCCUCAGAAAGUAUUAGGUUCACCAGCAUAUCAGGUUGCUCAUAUGGAUAUUCUUAAUGGAACUCCGGCUUUGUUCUUAAUUCAGUUAAUUUUCAACAGUAAUUUCUUGGAAUGUGGUGUAGCAGAUGAAAAGUUUUUUCUCAAUCUGGAAACACUUGUAGGCUGUGUUCUUUCUGGUCCAACUUCACCUCUAGCUUUCAGUGACUCUGUUUUAAAUGUUAUUAAUCAGAAUGCAAAGCAACUGGAAAACAAGGAGCAUCUCUGGAGAAUGUGGAGUAUUAUAGUCACCCCACUAACUGAAUUGAUUAAUAAGACCAAUGAAGUGAAUCAAGGUGAUGCCUUAGAACAUAAUUUUAGUGCUAUCUAUGGUGCAUUGACUAUACCAGUAAACCAUAUUUUUUCAGUACAGAAAUUUCCAGUGGACACCAUGAAGACCCUACUUAGGACUUGGUCAGAAUUAUAUAAAGCAUUUGCUCGCUGUGCUGCUUUGGUGGCAACAGCGGAAGAGAAUUUGUGCUGUGAGGAACUUUCUUCGAAGAUAAUGUCCUGUUUGGAAGAUGAAAGCCUUUCAAAUUUGUUGUUCUUGGACAGGGUCAUUCAUAUUAUUACUAUAAUGGUUGAUUGCAUCGACUUCUCACCAUAUGAUAUUAAAUAUCAGCCCAGAGUUAAAUCACCACCACAGAGACCUACAGAUUGGUCCAAAAAGAAGAAGGAGCCCCUAGGAAAAUUGGCUUCUUUAUUUAAACUUAUUGGGAGAGCAAUCUAUUCUUUCCACACUUUGAGCUUCAAGGAAGUACAUUCUGAUACUCUCUUCGCUAUCGGCAACUCAAUCAUCAGCAUUCUUUCCAAUAUUCUUGGACAUAUUUCUUUGCCCUCUAUGAUUCGAAAAAUAUUUGCGACUUUAACAAGACCUCUGGCAUUAUUUUAUGAAAACUCAAAACUCAAUGAAGCUCCUAAAGUGUAUAGUUGUCUGAACAACAAGUUAGAAAAGCUGCUAGGCGAAAUUAUUGCUUGUCUGCACUUCAACUGCACUGGAACUUAUGACAGUGAACUUCUUGAACAACUCUCCCCACUAUUAUGCAUAAUAUUUCUGCACAAGAAUAAACAGAUUCGAAAACAGAGUGCUCAGUUCUGGAAUGCCACAUUUGCUAAAGUGACGAAGUUGAUUUAUCCUGAAGAGUUAAAACCAAUACUAAGGCAAGCCAAACAAAAAUCUCUGCUGCUUUUGCCUGGUUUGGAAAAUGUUGAAAUGACGGAGGAAUCCAGUGGACCAUAUUCAGAUGCAAUAGAAAAUUCACAAUUAAAUGUGAAGAUAAGUGGCAUGGAAAGAAAAUCAAGUGGAAAAAGAGAUUCCCUUUUGGCACAGACAAAGGAUAAAAAAGAAAAUAUGAAACCAUCAGCCAAACUGAAUCUUGAAUCUUCAUCUACAAAAGUAAAAAGUGAAAUGCUUUUGGAAGAGGAAAAAUCUACUGACUUUGUAUUUAUACCUCCAGAAGAAAAAGAAGCAAAGGAGAGAAUAUUAACUGAACAUCAAAAAGAAGUACUCAAAACAAAGCGGUGCGAUAUUCCUGCCAUGUAUAAUAAUCUGGAUGUUUCACAAGAUACCCUGUUUUCUCAGUAUAGUCAGGAAGAAUCUAUGGAAAUUCCUACUUUAACUGAAAACCCAAAGGAAGAUUCCAAGAUUAUGAUUAAGGAGGAGCAAACGAAGAGUGUCAUGGAAAACUGUGAUAUGGAUGAACAUCUUGAAAAAGCUUCCCUUUCAAAUAAUGAGUGUUCUCCUGAUGAAACCAAUCCAGAAAUACCAAGCAGUAAUAGUGAUGUCGGAAAAACUUUAAUUUCAUCAAAGAAAACUUCAACUGAAUGUGCGUCUAGUGCAGAAAAUUCUUUUGUUGUGAGCAGUAGCUCAGUUUCUAAUGCCACUAUUUCUGGAACUCCCCCACAGCCUACACGUCGAAGGCAAACGUUUAUUACCCUGGAGAAGUUCGAUGGUUCAGAAAAUAGGCCUUUUAGCCCAUCUCCUUUGAAUAACAUGUCAUCAACUGUUAUAGUGAAAAAUAAACAGGGAAGCAUGAACAAAACAGAAAUGCCAGCAAAAGCAAAGAAAAGAGAAGUGGCUCUUUCAAAAUCUGAGUCUGAAAAAGUAGUGAAUGGAAUUAAGAGAUCAGGCCGGAGAUCAGGUAAAGCUGAACAAGCAGGAAAUAAAAGGUCUAAACCCUUAACAAGAUCUGAACAGGAGAAAAAUACUCAGGAAUCUGUUGAAGACCUGGUAGCCUCAGAAAAUCACUCACCUGGCUUGCUAAAUCAAACAGAAUGUGCGUCAGAUAAUCAGGUUCCUCUUUCUGAAUCUAUGAUGGAGCAUGAAGAUACAAAGCUUAAACCAACAAUAGAAAAUGCUGUGUUACUGGAAAAUGAUACUGUUGAAGAGAAAAAUGUAAGAAUUAAUUUGGAAUCCAAAGAAAACACACCUCCAGCAGCAGUAUCAGCAGAUCAAGUGGAAAAUGAGGACAGUCAGGUUCAGAUAACUCCAAAUCAAAAAACCCUUAGACGGUCUUCAAGGCGACGUUCAGAAAUAGCAGAGUCUACUGCUGAUAACCAAGAUAAAGAAAAUCAUCAAAAAAAGGAAAGACGUAAGGAAGAAGAAAAACCUCUUCAGAAGAGUCCAUUACAUAUAAAAGAUGAUAUGUUACCUAAGCAAAAACUGAAUUCUGAACAAACUGUGCAGGAAAAUUCGAUUGAGAAAGCAAAUAAUUUACAUGAGGAGACUUUUGGAGAAACCAGUGCUAGUGCUGAAAUUGACCAAAAUAAAAGAAAGCCAGACCUUGAGAAUACUAAAUCUGAGGGAGAUGGUACACAGGACAUUCCAGACAAAUCCUCUAAGAAACCAAUAAGGGGACGAACACGGUAUCAAACAAGAAGAGCAUCUCAAGGUUUGCUCUCCAGCAUUGAAAACUCAGAAUCUGACAGUUCUGAGGCAAAAGAAGAAGGUUAUAGAAAGAAAAGAUCUGGAAAAUGGAAAAACAAAAGCAAUGACAGUGGUGGCAUUGAAGAUCUAGAAGAGAAAAUGGUAAAACAGGAAUGUAUAAAAGGUGAGAAUCAGACAACUGAUUAUAAAGCAAGUUGUGAAGUAGACGUAGAUGUAAAAUCUCAGAGCUGUGAAAAAAAAGAUGAAAAUAGUACUGUAAUACUUCAGGAUCCUACAGCAUCUUCAGAUUUGUUGCAAGUUUCUGAAGAUGCACCAAAUAUAUGUGAGGGAAAAAGUAAAACUAGUAAAUGUGCAAAACAUUCCUUUACAAGUCCACCUGUGCCAGAAUCAAAUUUAAGGACUAGAAAUGCCAACAGGAGAUUACAUAAGCGAGAUUCUAGUGAUAAUAGUGUAGGAGAAUCCUCAAAAACAGAGACAUCAGACAUUUCUUUGCUCUCUGAAAAAUCUCUCCAAACACUUGAAUGUCAACACAAGAGAAGUAGAAGGGUAAGGAGAUCUAAAGGUUGUGAUUGCUGUGGGGAAAGCUCACAACUUCAGGAAAAAUCAUUUAUUGGGUUAAAGAAAACAGAAAAUUACAACCUAACAAUUAGUGAAACAAAAAAGACAGAUGUGCAAAUACCUGUAACUGUAUCAGAAACUUCUAAAGCUAAUGUCUAUUCUGAAGUAAAGUUUUUAGAUGAGCAUUAUAGUAUGAAUUUUCAUUUGGGUCUCAGGGAGGACAGUGAUAAUAGUAACAAUCCCUUAAUUGUGUCUGAAACUGAGUUGAAAGAAAAAUCCGUUCAAGAAUCUUUUCCUUCUGAAAUAGUAAAUUUUAAAGAGGAAACUUGUAAUACGGGCUCUAGUGAAGUGGUAUCUCUUGAAAGCCAAGAGCCAUGUAAUAAAAAAUUUAAAACUGUUAGCCCGUGUUUAGGUGAUACCAAAGAUAUUUCACAGGAAUGUUCCUUGGAGACCAAAGAAGAGAAACCAGAAGCUUCAGAAAAGGGACUAAGUCUAGAGAAUGUAGUUAAUGUUGAAGGAAAUGCAUGUAAAGUAAUAGAAGCCAAUCCAGAGGAAGUAGAAGCUAUGGAAUUGGAUGUAGGAAGCGAUAUAUCUGAAGGUAGCUUCUCUGAACAAGAGAGUGCCAAAAGUGAUAUUUCUGAAGAAGCAGCAAAAGAGGAAAAUGAUGAAAAAAGUGGUGAUUCUGUAGUAGACACAGCUGAAGGACUGAAUGCUGCAGAAGCAGCAGCUGAGGAAAUUAAUUCAGAUAUUCGUCCUACUAUCACACCUGUAGAAGUGAAUGCUCAAAUUGAACAAACAGCAUCUGGGGAAUUAGGUAGAGAAAGUGAUGAAUCUGAUCCAGGCUCAUCUGAAGAAAGGAGUGCUGAAAUGGAAAAUUGUGAAGAAGCAGUGAUAGGUGAGGUGAAUGCUGAAACUGACCACAUCUGUAAAGUGGAGGAUGGAGAUAAGGAAACUUCCAAGCCUCAAGAAGCUGAAACAAAAAGAUUGAAUGCAGAAAUUGACAACUUUGUUCCUGACACAUUAGAAACAAGCACUGAAGAAGGAAAGAUUGACUCUAAUAGAACUGAAACAAAUACUGAACUUAAUCGAUUUAAAGAAAUAAAAUUAGAUGAUGAUCAAAUGGUAGUGGGAAAUGGUAAUGUUUUACUACAGGGGGAUCACCAUACUUCAGAGAAAGUAGAGGAACCAUUGCAGUCUUUGACAUGUGGAACAGCUGUCUCUGAACUGAUAACAGAAGACAACGAUGUAUCUCCGCAAAAAUUAAGGGAACUUGAUCCUUCACUUGUGUCAGUAAAUGAAAGUCCUGGUGGCAUGCGGACACGCUGUGUCUGGUCUCCUUUGGCUUCUCCAUCCACUAGCAUUUUAAAGAGAGGACUAAAAAGACCCCAAGAAGAUGAGAUCUUAUCACCUGUUAACAAGGUUCGCCGUGUGUCCUUUGCAGAUCCAAUAUACCAAGCAGGAUUGGCAGAUGACAUCGAUAGGCGAUGCUCUAUUGUUAGGUCCUGUUCUUCAAGUAAUUCUUCCAUAUUGAAAAGUGUUAAAACUUCUCCUACUGCACAAUCUAAGCAUAAUACCACCUCAACCAAAGGAAUUCUGUCCCCAGGAUCACGUAGCCCUAAAUUUAAGAGCUCAAAGAAGUGUUUAAUUUCAGAAAUGGCCAAAGAAUCCAUGCCAUGCCCAACAGAAAGUGUUUACCCAGCUUUGGUGAACUGUGUGGCACCAGUUGACAUCAUUUUACCUCAAAUUACAUCAAACAUGUGGGCAAGAGGCCUGGGACAACUCAUUAGAGCCAAGAAUAUAAAAACAAUUGGUGAUUUGAGUACUCUUACAGCAUCUGAAAUAAAAACUCUUCCUAUCCGUUCUCCAAAAGUGUCCAAUGUAAAGAAGGCUCUCCGAAUAUAUCAUGAGCAGCAGGUGAAGUCUCGUGGACUAGAAGAGAUUCCAGUUUUUGAUAUUUCUGAAAAAACAAUAAAUGGAAUAGAAAAUAAAUCUCUCUCUCCUGAUGAAGAAAGACUUGCCUCAGAUUUGAUUGAUCCUAUUGGUUUAGAAAUUCCAUCAUCUAAAAAUCUUGUGGCACAGAUUAGUGCUCUUGCUCUUCAAAUGGAUUCAGAAGAUCUCCAUAAUUAUUCAGGAAGCCAGCUAUUUGAAAUGCAUGAGAAACUUGGUAGUAUGACAAACUGUAUCAUAAAAAAUCUACAAUCUCGUUGGAAGUCAUCAGCCCAUGAAAAUUCUGUUUAGUAUUUUAAGAGAAAACUGAAGAUUUUUUUAAACAUCACUGGAUUUCUUGAUAAACAAGUUCUGAAAUAUAGCACAAUUUCAAAGAAAAGACUGUUUACAAAGUUGGUAACAUUUCCAACCCAGAAGGAUAAUUAUUGUGUAAGUUCAAUUUUGUAAGUUCAUUAUGUAAGAUUUUUUUUCCCCACUUAUAUUUUCUUGGCUGCUAUGCAUAGUUUUUCAAGAAAUAUAAUUAAUUUUACUGAGAUGUGAAAGCAAAAACUAGAAACAGAA